AUGACUGUAUUUCAUGAUUAUUUUGUUGAUAUGUUGAUGUUCUGGGAAUAUGACACCAUGUUUUGGGAAUAUGUUCUGGACAAUUUGAGGAAAGAUUGGAAUAUACGGGACAAACUGUUGAACAAAGAGACUGAUUUGGGAUGGGAUAGUGAAAAGAAUACUGUUUUAGCACCAGAGGAGUGGUGGAAUCAAAAGAUUAAGGAGAAUCCUGAGUAUAAGAAAUUCAGACAUAGACCACUUCUAUAUGUACAAGAAUUGACACCGUUGUUCCAACCAAUUGCAGCAUGGGGCACUUACAUGUGGACACCUGCGGCUGAUGAUCCACAAGAUGUUGGUGGUACUAAUUCAGGGAGCAAGCGAAAGAAAGGUGAAAGUGGUCAAAACAAGAAGGGAAAAUGUCUUGCAACUAUAAUGGUUGAUUCAUUAAUUCUUAAUUCCAUAGAGGGUGGAACAAAACUAAUUGAUCAAAUUAUAGUAGAUGUUGCAAAGAAACUUUAUGGAAUUGAAGAGAUUUCUUGUGAUGAGGUGCUUCUUGGACAGUGUGUUGUGACCUUACUAGAUAAGACCGCAAGGGACAUGUAUAUUGGGCUUAGGGAUAACAGAAGAGCAUUAGUGGCUUAUUAG